GCACAACGGAAGUAAUCACGACGGCACCCGCCAUGGACGGACAUCUUGAAUCGACAUUCCAUCAAUUACGAUGCCAAAGUACAUCCUCGUGUCGAUCCCGGUCUCGAACUACGUACAGAAGGCUCGUUGGGGCUUGCGCUUGGCGAAGAUCGACUUCAUCGAAGAGAUGCAUGCACCUGCAUUCCACAGGCUCUCCACUCUACCCAAGGGCGGGUCCUCUGUGCCGCUUCUGUAUUGCCUCGAGACAAAGCUUAGCUUAACGGAUAGCGACCCGAUUCUGUCGCUGUGUGGCCAGCACGUUCCUUCGCUGUAUCCCCAUGAACAUGUCAAGUCACAAGAACUCAAGUAUGACACCGAGUUUGGGCCCCACGCGCGACGAUAUGCGUACGGCUUCUUCUUUGCCAAGAAGGGGUCGGCCUUUAAGCACGCUAUCACUGAUCCGUUGCGAGGAAACCUCGAGUCGUACGCAGUGGCAUGCAUGCUACCAAUGCUCCAAACGAUGUUGACCAAUGCCUUCAACGUGUCCGCGGCUGGCAUCGAGCGAUCGUGGGCAAAGAUUGAGCAAGCAUUCGAUGAAGCCAGCGCUAUCUUGGGAGACGAGCCGCUGGGGUCGAAGUACUUGGCAGGACCUUCGUUUACUGCUGCAGACAUUUCAUUUUGUUCACACGCCAGCUUGUUGCUUGGACCACCGGAGAAUCCAUACCUUCAUCCCCAUUUUCACCCCGACGAAAUGCCCACAACUUUCCGAGCUCGCUACAGCCAACUUCGGGCGUCGAAAGCUGGACAGUUUGUCCUGUACUGCUUUCAGAAGCACUACCCCUCCGAGGACUUGUAACACGCACAACUAGGUGCGUUCGUUGAGCUGCGACAUCAUCGCGCGUCCGCUUCAUACAUGUUUUCGAAACAUUUCCCUUGAACGGUGAUGUCGUGGCUGUGUUCAACUUUGAGCGGCCGUUCGUCACAUGUUAUGCAUUGCCUUCCAACAACGAUGUCGUCGGAAACUUGCUCCUGAGGUGCCGUCGAUGCACAAAGCAUUAACGUGCACUUACACGCUGAAGACGCGAGUGCGGCUUCACAAUCGGAUAGCUUCCAUCGUCACCGUCACGAUCAAGCAAUUAUUGUCUUGCCAAUGAAAAUGCAGAUAUUUUUAUUUACAUAUAACGAUUGAAUAACUUUCUUCCAUGAA